UAUUUCAGAUUAUAAGAUAAGUGCCGGUGCAGACCUGCGUGAAGAAAAUGGUGAACGUGCCCAAGGCGCGAAAGACUUUCUGCAAGAAAUGCGGGGUACACAAACCGCAUAAAGUCUCCCAGUACAAAAAAAGCAAGGAACGGAAGACUGCUCAAGGACGACGUCGAUACGACCGCAAGCAACAGGGAUACGGUGGUCAAACGAAGCCCAUUUUUCGUAAGAAGGCAAAAACGACAAAAAAGAUCGUGCUUCGUUUGGAGUGCACGGAAUGCAAAUACCGGCACCAUAUCCCUCUCAAGCGUUGUAAACAUUUUGAGCUGGGUGGUGAUAAGAAGAGGAAGGAGCAAAGGGAAGGAUGUUCUACGUGUCUUGAGGUCGAAUCGGAAAAUCAGGUUCGUAUUGGGAGCCAGUGCUUCGCGUUUUCAGCAGUUUUUGACCAAAGCGACGACCAAGGCUAUGUGUAUGAUUUAACCGUGGGACCAUUAAUUGACAACAUCUUUCAAGGUCAUAAUGUAACAAUUUUUGCGUAUGGACAAACUGGAUCAGGAAAGACAUACACAAUGGGAACAAAUGACACCAGUGAAGCUCUGAAAACAUCGUCUUGUGGAAUCAUCCCGCGAGCUUUGAAGGAUAUCUUCUCAUCCGUCACCGAAUACUCCUCCGCCAAAGAAUUUUCCGUUAGCAUAUCAUACGUGGAGCUCUAUAAAGAAGAAUUCCGUGACUUACUCGCAUUUAAUCCCGGACAAAGUAUCGCUUUGAGAGAAGCCCCUCUGGGCGGUGGACCUGUUCUUGUUGGCUGUACCGAUGCUGUUGUAAUGUCUUUUGACGAAGUGAUUGAGAAUAACCGGUUUCCGUUGCUUGCUGCUCGACAACCGCGCUGUCGUUACUUACGACGCUCAGACGAUAUGACGAUGGCAAAAUUCCGAUUGGUUGACCUGGCUGGGUCAGAAAGUGUGAAGAAAACCGGUGCUGUGGGAGAGCGACUACAAGAAGGCAUUAAGAUCAACCGCGGACUUCUCGCUCUCGGAAACGUCAUUGAACAAGCAGUCAAAGGACAGACAAUGAGUGUCCGAGACUCCAAACUCACCCGUCUUCUCCAGGACUCCUUCGGCGGCAAUGCUCACACACUCAUGCUGGCCUGUGUUUCCCCCGCUGACACAAACCUCAGCGAGUCUCUGAACACGCUUCGUUACGCUGACAGAGCCCAGCACAUAAAGAAUAAGCCGGUUGUGAACCGUGAUCCGAUUCAAGCACUUAUUGCUUCUCUGCGAAAAGAAAAUGCCGAACUCCGCGCGAUGCUCGGUUUGCAGGGAACUGUACUGAAUGUGCAAGAACCGGCUGAAUUGGGACCUUCGCCGCCAAAGAAAGCUCGUACUACUUUUUUAAUUGAACCUCGCGAAGCCAAGCAGGAAAACGACGAUUCGCAAGACAUGGAAAUUGAAAUCUCCAACGUGGAAGUGAAGCGGGAGCUGGAAAGCCUCGACGAGUCAAUUGCACGGAAAGAAAACCUGAUUCAAAAUGAAACCGUGGUUACGGUCGAAGAGAUAAAUCACAUGAAUUGCAUGGUUCACGAAUUGGAAUCCGAGCUGGAAAAUAUCAAAGCAGAGAAAAAACGGUUAGAAAUGGAGCUGAGUUCGAAGCAGAACAAAGAAAAAGUCGGGGACGAUCGCAGGAAGCGUUUGAAGGAACUAGAAGACAAACUGGCCAAGACAACCAGGGAACUCGAGAGGGCUUCCAAAGAUCGUGAAUCGUUGAAGCGUAAACAGGCAGACUAUGAAAAGAAAACAGCUGAAUACGCAGCCGAGUUGCAAACGCUAAAAAGCACCCGAGUCAACCUGAUGAAGAAGCUGAAGGAUGAAGCUAACACAAAAAGGAAAGAACAGUUGCAAAUGAAGCGUGAGAUUGAAGGCGUGAAGCAGCAAAAUAGGAAGAUUGUGAUUACCAAAGAAAGACUCAUUGCUCAGCGGGAAAUGGAGAACAAAGUCUUGCGGAAGCGUCUGGAGGAAUGCAAUCAGAUCAUCUCGCGACACAAGACCAUUGACGAAAAUCAAGCGCAAGCAUCGAAAUACAAACAUAAGAUGCAGGAAUCUCUUGCGAAUGCUCCAAAAGCAAAGAAUCAAAUGCAGAUUUUGACUAAUUGGAUAGGGGAUGAGGUGGAAAACUUCGUUACCAGAAGCCACGCUUGUAUGCAACGAGAAGAAAUGUUCGCACUACGUAAGAAAUACGCGGAUGAGAAGCUUGAGAUGGAAGAAGCCAUGCAAGCUGAUUGUGAGAACAUGACGGAGGUUGAUAACGAUAAAUAUCGCGCCGAAAUCGAGGAUCUGAAUGCAAAAAUGCAUAUUGUGACGCAGCAGAUUGGGGUGUUAAACAGUGUUUGUGGCACGGAGUUGCAUUCGAAAAAUGUUAUGCCUAAUCAGAAGAGAUUGGACGAGUUAGCGAGGACAGCUCCAGAAUUGAGACGUGUUGUCAACAUCCUAUUUUGUUCGCUUGUGGAUUCAAAUGCAAGAAGUAAAAUGCAAUGUCAAGAAAUCGCCAUACUGAAGUCUGAAAAAUCCGAGUUGAAGGAACAACUGUCCUUGGUCACAACUCAGUUGGAAGACCACAAGGAACGCUUUAAGAAUGCCUUUGCGGAAGCUUUUCAAGACAGAACAUCACCUUCGGAACUUGACUCCACCAUCAGCGUCUGCAUGAAUUCGAUGACUGAAGAGAUGAGUCGUCUGAAGGAGGCCAGAAUUCAACUGAUCAACGAUAAGGCGGCGUUGGAAGCGAAGGUUGCGACGCUCACGGGCGAACUUCAGGAAUUGAGGGGCAAAUUCAGCAUUGCUGCGAGAUACAAUCGUCGAUCUAACAUCAUGCCGGAAUCAUUCAAGUCCCCGAAGAAAGUGAUAGCGUGUUCACCACUCGGGCCAUUGUUGUCGGAAAAGCGAACGCCUAUGCAGAGUGUGUCCGAGAAAGACGAAGAAGACUCGUCUUCGGAUUCAGCAUCGGACGAAGAAACCGAGUCGGAUGGCAAG